GCGUGUCGUGUCCCUGCCAAUUUCUGAUGGCUACAGCAGUGUUGCUUAGUUUUCUGGUUGCGUGGAAACUGAAAGGCUGCAUUGAGCAAGCACCCAAGUAAAGGUACAUUACUGUGUUGCGCACCGUUGUCAGUGUGGGUCUUCGCACAAGUUGGCCGAAUUGCAACAGAGGACCUCAUUGACGCGAUCGAAAAUAUUGGCGAAUUGCAGUUUGGAGUGGAAUGAAUUCUGAUAUAUUUUGACCAUUUGAAACUGUCCUGAAACUAAAGUGAUUAUGUUGCGAUGCGAAGGAGAGGAAGAAUGCUAAAGAUGCUUGACAGCCAUUGGGGAGGUUGACACUGGCUCCGCCCCUUCUCCCAGGUUGGUCUUCUCUGGAACAUGCCCAUAUCGCACCAUGCCCCUUCUGGAGAGUGGCUGGCUACUGCGCCACUCGGUGGUCAUGUGUCUGCUGCUGCACAGCCUGGUACUGAUGACCUUCUGCUUCCACCACGCCGCCACCAGCUGCUCCCAGGGCUGCUACUGCUCCGAGAGCGACGGCCGUGGCAAGACGGUGCGGUGCAGCAACCUGCGUCUCACCGAGAUCCCCCAGGACCUGCCCAAUGACACGCAACGCAUCUACCUGGACUUCAACCUGCUCACUGUGGUCCCCAGCAACGCCUUCUGGGACCUGCCCAUGCUCAGCGAGCUGGACCUUUCGAACAAUGAGCUGGCCCAGCUGGAGCCAGGGGCCUUCAGGGGCCUGGGGCCCUCGCUCACCUUUCUGGACCUGUCCUCCAACAAACUGGUCAACUUUAACCCCGAGGCCUUCGAGGGGCUGCGGGCGCGCGCCAACCUGACCAACAACCCGUGGCACUGCGACUGCAGCCUGCAGCUGGCCAUGCCCUUCAUCCACCUGGAGCCCCUGUCGCUGACGGGCAUCGUGUGCGAGACGUCAGAGCCGCCCGACGUGGGGGCAGAGGGCGUGCCCUUCCUGCUGGCCCAGGACCUGGACCUGUGCGUGGUGAUGAAGAAGACCACAGACGUGGCCAUGCUGGUCACAAUGUUCGGCUGGUUCACCAUGGUCAUCUCCUACCUGGUCUACUACGUCCGGAACAACACAGAGGACGCCCGCCGCCACCUGGAGUACCUCAAGUCUCUGCCCACCAAGCAGGAACAGUCCGAGGCCUCUUCUACCAUCAGCACUGUUGUAUAGCCCAGGGCCAGGAGAACCCAGAGGGGAGCUAAGGCUGGAGGGAUAAGCCUGGAGGGCUAAGACAGGUGGUUAUAGGGCUGUAUGUGGAGGCGAAAGAAACUGCACACCUGUUUAGGCGAGGCCACUGUACUAGAAUCUGCCUAUACUGUAUUCAGGCUAGCAGAGGAGAAACACUUUAAAAAAGCAAGGAGAGCCGCACACUCUUAUAGAGCCAUAACCUAGCUAUAGGGCCGUAACCUAGCUGCACCCCCACCCCAGGCCAUUCAGGGCCAGCCAAGGACAGCUCUGCCUGGCUGUUACGUGGGUGCCACAGCGGCUCCAGGAUUUGUGCCCAUGUAUGCAGGAAGCCUGUCCAGACCUGGGCACCAUACAGUACGUAAUCCAGAUGAAUAAUUCAACCAGAAGUGGCCCAUUAAUAGUUCCUGUUGACUGAGUGGAUAGUCUGUCUGGGAUUUAAAAUGGAUUAAAUGGGAUUCAUCCAGUGAUGCAGGCACCUUGAUGCACUCUUAUCAAAAGGGGGCCACUCAAGGGGCCUGUGAUGGGUCCUUUGGACACGUCAAACAGCAAUAACAACCGUAUAGCAACAAGCAGCAACACAAACUCUAUUAACAACUCUGUCACUCAUAUCCUUCCAUGUAGUAUUAUUGUUUUACGUACAACAUCCCUACAGUAUACAGUCUAUAAACAGGGAAAUGUAGUUCUUUUCGAUUAAAUCAUGUAUUUUAUGGAUUUCAUUUUUUAUUAUUGUUGGUUCUAAAUUUGAUUGGUCUAUUUCUACCUCAAGAAAUUCAGCAAAUGUAUGUGCAUGGGUGAACUAGACCAUCAAUUGAAUCUGCCUAUACUGUAUUCAGGCCACUGUACUAGAAUCUGCCUAUACUGUAUUCAGGCCACUGUACUAGAAUCUGCCCAUACUGUAUUCAGGCCACUGUACUAGAAUCUGCCUAUACUGUAUUCAGGCCACUGUACUAGAAUCUGCCUAUACUGUAUUCAGGCCACUGUACUAGAAUCUGCCUGUACUGUAUUCAGGCCACUGUACUAGAAUCUGCCUAUACCGUAUUCAGGCCACUGUACUAUAAUCUGCCUAUACUGUAUUCAGGCCACUGUACUAGAAUCUGCCUAUACUGUAUUCAGGCCACUGUACUAGAAUCUGCCCAUACUGUAUUCAGGCCACUGUACUAGAAUCUGCCCAUACUGUAUUCAGGCCACUGUACUAGAAUCUGCCUAUACUGUAUUCAGGCCACUGUACUAGAAUCUGCCUAUACUGUAUUCAGGCCACUGUACUAGAAUCUGCCUAUACUGUAUUCAGGCCACUGUACUAGAAUCUGCCUAUACUGUAUUCAGGCCACUGUACUAGAAUCUGCCUAUACUGUAUUCAGGCCACUGUACUAGAAUA